AUGGCCAUCAGUCUGCCACAUCUAGAAAUUGCAACAACUUCCAUCGACCCGGAAAAUCGGUACAUCCAUAAUUGCACCAUGUCUUCCUCUCUGCUACACCCUCCUGCGCAUCUGCCGCCGUCGGUCGCCCUUCAGCUGUCACAGCAAGCCCCGACCUUGCUAAGAAGCACUCCGUCAUCAAUCUCGUCCUACUCAAUCAGCUCUCUAUGGUCCGCCGCCGAGACUCCUGAGCUAUGGACAACCUAUGAGAACCUCAUGCUGUCCUGCCUGCGCACUGGAGACGAGGAGAGUGCGCAUCUGUGCCUCCAGAGACUGACCCAGCGAUUCGGGGCGGACAAUGAGAGAUUGAUGGCCUUGAGAGGCAUAUUUCAGGAAGCUCGAGCAACCGAUGACGUUGAACUCCGGAAAGUCUUGAAGGAGUACGAUAACAUCCUGGCCCAAAAUCCCGAAAACAUGCCUAUCUCCAAACGCAGAAUCGCGCUCCUGAAGUCCCUUGAGAAAAUUCCCGAGGCGAUUACCGCCUUGAAUCAAUUUUUGGAUUCGUCUCCUACAGAUGCGGAAGCCUGGGCUGAGCUAGCGGAUCUAUAUGUAGCGCAGGGGCUGUAUCAACAAGCUAUAUUUGCAUUGGAGGAGGUCCUGUUGGUCACCCCAUACGCAUGGAACAUCCACGCACGACUUGGCGAGAUCCAAUACAUGGCGGCUGUAGCUGGGGAGACCGGAUCAGACAAAUACCUUGCCGAGGCUUUCCGACGAUUCUGCAGGAGCAUUGAGCUGUGCGAUGAUUAUCUUCGGGGGUAUUAUGGGCUGAAAUUGACGACCACUCGACUUCUGGCCAACCAAUCCCAACUAUCACGGCAAGCCAAAGCAGAUUCUGGACUUCCACCACCAGACCUCAAGACGGUUGAGCGCUUGAGUGAGAUCGCCACGGCCAAACUUUCAGAGAUUGUUCGCAGGAGCGUGGCAGGCGAAGCAGGGUGGGGUGGCUUUGACGAGGCUGAAUUGAUCGCCGCCAAAGCAUUACUGGACUCGGAAACGACCAAAAUUACUCGCUGA